AACGGUUCGCGCACAUUCCACUGAAAUCAAUCGACUUAUCAGCCACACAAUUACUUUAAUUUUUUGCUCCGGAAAUAUAUUAAAUGUAGGAAUACAGCCAAAAUUCGUUUUGUUUUUCGGACAGCGAGGGCGUACUAAGGUGAUAGCCGUACAGAUGAGAGCUGUUACGUCAGAAGAUGACUGAGCCUGCGUGCUUCUAGGACAAUAAUAAAACAAAAUUCGCAUUAAAUUAACAGCUUGCAUCUUUGGUCUUAUCAGUACAACGUAAUCACUGGUCUUGGUCGCAGAAAACCCUGACACGAUGCCGGGACAAAUAUAUAGCGAAUUGAACUGGUAGCAAUUUAGAGAACGCUAGGGAAUGCGAGAGCAGUUUGAAUUAUGUCCAGUUUGCACAGAAGCAGGGCACUACGACAUCCUUUCUUGACCUUUCCCUCUUAUGAAGAUGGUGUUCCCCUCGUUUCCAUGCAGUUAUGAGUGAAAAUACCAACAAAGGCCUCAUUUUGAUCUACACGGAACUUGUAAUUAACCAAAUACAACUCAGAAAAUUCGCGAAAAAAUAAACAGAUAAAAACAACUGAACACGAUAAUGAAAGAAGAAACCUCAGAGAAGCUUUUCAGUUUAUUUUACAUGUAUCUCCUUAAGCCUAGAAUUUUAAUACGAAUUUUCAUAAAUCGGAAAUUGUCGAUUAGGGCGCAUCACGCUGAUAAGACAAAGUUUAAGUCCUGCUCAGUCAUCAAAAAAGACCGACAGGGGUAACAAAAAUGGAAAUUGAAGGACGCCUUUGUUUAUUCACUGCAAUAUGUUAGAGAACCCUUGCCGACAGUUAGUUCACUUGGCCCCGGCAAUGCAAUUCUCACCUAUCAGAUUUUAUUCAAUAAAAACUUGAGCGAUUCCGGCUGCCAACUCUAUAAUACACACGAGCAUGUCAGUGUGUUUCUUAGCUGUAUAAUUUACUAGACUUCACGAAAACUGGUAUGGACAGGUAAAAAUUCGUGUUGUAAACACGCCACAUACGACCGUUGCCCAGGUCCCUUGACACAAACUCUGUUCAGUUUUGCAAGGGUGUUGUUUGUACCAAGUGGGGUGGGGAGCUGGAGAAAUUGACUGUCAAAGUAAAACAUUCGUUGCCUGCAUUUGGUCGGAUGUAAUUUUAAUGUUCAUACAUUGUAAAACCUAAUUUGAUGUUAGAAAUCACCAUUCAUCCAUUUGUCGGUAGACGUUUAACUUUAAGGCCAUUAGAUGCCCUUCCUGUUGUGUUAGCGCGAAUCAGGUGAGGAGAGCGACAUAGAAAUUCGGAAGGAAAUGGGCAGAAGGAGACAAUGUAGCCGGAAACAUGUCUCUGACGCACUGAACAAUUCUAUAUAGUUCCUAAAAUUUUGCUUGGAUGCCGGUUUACUUAGUUCGUGAUAAAAUGUUACAUAGUAUCUCAUAUCUCAAUAGGUACACUUUCAGCGUCUGUGCAUGCGCCUAACCGCAAAGGGUAUUUGUACUGUUAGCAGUUUUGAUCCUUUAAGCAUAUAUAAGCUAGGUACACCGCGUGUGGUAUCCACGAACGAAAUGAAAUACUCCAUAGAACGACACCGAAAUCCUGAAAUCCUUUUACUGUGCGCAAAAAAAUCGAAAAUCCUGCGAAGAAUGUGAUCUUUGUAGCUGUGAGUUUCCCGCCUGGUGAAGAACCCAAGACGCAAACAAAAUCAUCCCGAGCAAUGUUGAACGGAAGAGUUUGAAUUUAAGUUAAAAAAAAGCAUGAAUUCUAGUGACUCACUCCGUAACAUUUAGGUACUCUGUUCUCUUACAAUGUAAUUUUUCGAGUUGAGGGAUAUCACUACAUUGUCCAGUUCGUCUUGUACGCCUGGUCGUGUAAUAGUUUCCUUCUUGGCCGAUAAUAACUUCCGCUCAUUACAAUCUCUCCCACACAUCGCCAAAAAACGUCGCAGUUAGAUUCCCUGUAAUAAAAAGGAUUUAGAAGCGCACGGCCUAUAGUAGAACGUGAUGUCGGCUGUUUUGUUGUGAAUUAUCGCAAAACAUCUCCGCUGUGUAAAGAAAUUAAACGGAUUUGAAAGCCUGCUGGCCUAGGUACGGGAAAGUCACUUGUUAUGUGGGGUUUUUAAGUUGGAGCACGGAAGGGUUUGAAGCGAAAAAAACCAGCAAGGUGUUACUUUUGCUAACUUUGUUGGGCAUGAUAAGCUCAAAGUGGAUUGAAAAGGUUACCGAAUUUCGAUUUGUCAGACUGAAUCAACUGUACCGUCAUAUUUCCUGCACGUUUACUGAAACACCAGACACUAACCGGCCCAUGAUGCCUCUGGCGCAGGCACAUCUGUUUGCUAUUGUUACAUGAACAUGCAAUAAGACAUUGUAGCUGCUGAUCUUUUGGUCAGUCGACACCGAUAACCUCAAGCGGUCAACAAGCAAAUAUUGCUCUCAUUGACUUGAGAGAAAUUGGCGUGUGUUGAGGGUUUUUGGAAUUUCUUCAAACUGUCGGUUGAAACUUCAAAGAUUUCAGUAGCAAGCCAUGCAUUUCUUGACAGUUUCGAUUUUGGUGAUCCUUGCCACAUUUGGAGGAUUUUGUUCAGUGAUUGGCAAGAGUUUACCUCAAAGAACAAGUUCAAAAGUAGGUGAGACAAGCUGCGUGAUCAAAGGUGAAGCUCACCCAGUUAAUUCCUCGUUCAUCACUAGUGACUGCUCAUCACGCUGCAUCUGUAUGCCGGGAGGGGUGGCCAGUUGUAUGGAUCUCUGUCGGCAGAUGUUACGGAAAUGUCCCCCCGGAACAACGCUUAAGGAAGAAAAUGAACCUAUUGGUUCAGGAGGGGUCAGUUGCUCUUGCAUAAGGAGAUACUGCAUACCCUUGAAAGUCGUUUGCUACAGAGAAGACAACGACGAAAAGUACAAGGUUGGAGAGACAUUUAACACGCGGAAUUGCUCUGAAACCUGCAGGUGCAAUGAGAACGGUGAAAUUACCUGCGUACCAUUGUGUCCCAAAAUAAAAUGUCCCAGGGGAACACGACCCAAAGGCCGAGGUGUUGUCAAUGUGGGAGAAGAGAACGGGUGCUCGUGUGAGAUGCAGGAAUGUGUUCCAGUUCCUAAAACGUUUUGUUAUGUGGGCGAUCGGCGAUUCAGGCGCGGUCGUGUUUUUGUCACUCAAAACUGCACGCUCAAGUGCCGCUGCAGAAAGAAUGGGAUCCCGCGGUGUGCGCCCUUAUGUAAGACGAAACGAAAGGUCCCUGUUUGCGGCCCGGAUGAAAGAUUAGCGGAAAUUCUUGACUUGUUUGCUGGUGGAAGAUGCAAAUGUCAGACAAAGACCUGCAUAUCAACGUCAAGAACCAACACGACAGAGAAAAAAGUGAGUCACUUUGAACGGAAGAAUAUCUGAGAAGCGUCACAACUAUUCACUUCACAUACACUGGACUAAGCGAAAGUGCUAUACCAACCAUUUAAGAUUCUGCAAGAAGUCUAAUCCAUUAUAUCCAGGGUGCAUUGGCCAAUGGUAUCAUAUAUUCGGUUGUAAUCAUGCCUCUUGCGGUCUUAACUUAUACACCUAUAUCAUGUCAACACUAAAGUAAGAUUCAAGACUCAUAUCAGCAAUAUCCGUACAUCUAAGCACCUUCACUGAAUAUUUCACUUGAGAAAAAGGCUGUCAAAGAGAAGCGCGCUUGAGUCAGACAAUGGUUUUCCCUUCCGAGACCCAACGAUGCACAACCAGUUCACACCCGCGUCGCCUUGACGUUGUUUCGUAUUCGUAUAGCGAAGAUAUUUGUAGCGUUAACUCUAAGGUAGAGGUCAAGAAAACUUGAAGCGUAAUUUCGAGAUAUUUCAAAAUACAUUUUGCUUGUCAACUAAGAGAACGGCGGAAUUAUUUCUCAUGCACGAACCAACCAGCAACGUUUGGUUCCAUGGAUUCUGGAUAUUUGACUUACAGCGUGCCAGAGAAUAGUUUGGAAACCAUGCAUAUCUCACAGACAUGGUUCGCUCUUAGUGCAUGAGCAAACGAAGGAAAAGGCAAUCGAACUUUGAGUGUAAAACAACUUAUAAGUUCAGAACUACUGCACUCAUUCGAUCAAGACUCAUUUUGUAAACCUGAAAAACUGGUUUCGUGCUGAAAUCUAGUUUACUACCACUUAAUGAAAAUGGCAAUUAAGCUCAUAAUGCUAUGUCUUAUGAACAGCAGUUUGUCCUCUGAUGUACGUAACAUAAUGCCAGAUGUAUGAAGCUUAAAGCGCUAAUUAGGAUACAUUGUCGGGGUGGAGUAAGGGGUGCGUAACGCCGGAAUAGUGCGUGACGCCAGGUAUGUUCCCGGGUGUGGCUCAGAACCACGCUUCUCGUAGUAAUACUGACAAUUGUAUCAAUCAAUCUGUAGUCGUACAGGUUUGUUGAAAAAAACAAAAUAGAGAUACAGCGAUAACUAUAACUGAUGCAGCUGCUUUAAAAAAAAUGGUUACUCUCCUGUCAUUUCCACACAUUACUGAGAUCAGGUCACAAAUGCGAAAUGUUUGCUUCGGAAUUGUGCAUUGCCGAACCUCACCGAUCAUAAUUGGUAAUGCAAUAGAAUGCACACAUUCCUCAAAAUAGAUUACUUUCAAAUGUAUAUAUUAUAUGCCAAACAAAAGCCUCAUACCAUAUUACAUGCUGUUGUUGUUACAGUCCAGUCAUUUAGACGUAUGUUCUUGUUUGUUUUACUCUAAAGAAAAUUUACAGCAAACAAGAAAACCUCUGAGAAAUGCGUGAAAAAAAUAUAAUAAAAUAAAGUAAAAUUAUAAAGAACUGAAUCAAAGGUCAGAAGGAACAUUAGAUAAGGACACGUUUGUUCUUCAAACAACAUUGCAAGCUGUUCCACUGGCCUCAAUGAUGUAAGCAUGUGUUAUUGGAGUGAAGAAACUCUCUAUUUCAUAAUGUCGGUUAACAUAUAUGCUGUUACGUGGUUGUAUAUUAUAGUGUUAAUCAAAGUAAAUAAAUUUGCUAGAAAG